CCAAAAAAAAGUAGGACCGCACAAUUCUCUUAUAGACCAUAGUAUAGUCCACACUAAGUUAAAGUAUUCACAUUCGGAUAUAAAAAGCAAGAAUAGUAAACCCUAAUAUCUUCUUCUUCUUCUUCCUCUUCCUACUCUUCUUCCCCGAUAUUCCUUGUGGACCUCCUUCUUGUUUCAUUUACUUUGGGUUUGGUUGCUUAAACAGAUUAAAGCUAGAGUUUUAUUAGAAGAAACUAAAGAGUCAAAAACAGUGGAUCCAAGGCAUGGAAAGAGGGGACUGUUCAUCCAAUGAAAUGGAAGAGAAAGAGAAUAAUGAUAAUAUUGAUCAUCCUCAACUUCAAGAGGAGCCCUAUAAUAUAUACUCAUCAGCUCGAUCUCAGCAUGACAUGUCUGCUAUGGUUUCUGUCCUUUCUCAAGUUAUUGGAAACAGUACCACCCAUUCUUCUUCUGCUAAUGUUACUCCAUUAACCCUACCUCAGUCUGCUGUAGCUCUCCAAAACCAAUCUCAAUCUAUUCAUGAGGAUCAAGGGAAUUCGAGAAGAAAAAGGUAUAGAGGAGUGAGGCAAAGACCAUGGGGAAAAUGGGCAGCCGAAAUCCGAGAUCCAAAGAAAGCAGCUAGAGUAUGGCUUGGCACUUUUGAAACUGCUGAGGCUGCAGCACUUGCCUAUGAUGAAGCAGCUCUCAGAUUCAAAGGCAACAAAGCCAAACUCAACUUCCCUGAAAGAGUUCAAGGCAAAUUUCAAUACCUUACUACUGCUACUAGUCAAGAUCAUCACCACUUGCCUAAUAAUAUUGUUGCCCAACAAUAUAUUCCAACUACCUCCAAUAAUAAUCAUCCUCUCCCUUUUCAAGAACAUUAUCCUAGUUUACAUCACUAUGCUCAGCUUCUUCAGAGUGACAGCAAUAUUACUGAUUUAAACUUCGGCGUCUCGCCAAGUUAUAAUCAGCAGUUAUCUGAUUCUUUUGAUUUUUCGCAAUCAUCAUCUAACAGUACAUUAUCAGAAUUGCCAGCUUUGACAUUACAAUCAAGUUACAAGCAAGAAGAAGAAGUUUUUAUGAGAUUUUCAUCGCAUUUUGGUACUUCUUCAAGCUCAUGUGGACCUCAUGAAAGUAACUGGGAAGAGUUUGAAGAUAGACAGUCAUAAGUUCAUUCCCUAGUAUUAGGAGAUAUGAAGACUGAAAGAAGUUUUUAUGAGAUUUCCAUUGCAUUUUAUUUUCUAGUUUAUGGUUGUACUGGGGUUUCUUAUCCUCUUUUGUUUCAGUUAAGUGUAAUACUUGAGUAGGCUAGCUUUUUAGCGUUAUUUGCUUGGAACUAUAUAUAUUCAUGAAGUUAUGGCAAAAUAUUGGUGUGGUUUUAUGUGUUUAAG